AUGGGGCAGUCAGUGCUGGGUCGGGACGGUGCGGUCAGUGCUGGGACGGAGCGGGACGCUCAGUGCUGGGACGGGACGGGGCGGUCAGUGCUGCGACGGGACGGUGCGGUCAGUGCUGGGACGGGGCGGUUCAAGGCCGUGUGGCUGAUCUUCCUCAUCCUGGGGCUCGGAACCCUCCUUCCCUGGAACUUCUUCAUGACGGCCAUUCAGUAUUUUAAGUACCGGUUGCAAGAUGCGGACGCCUCCAGCUUGGCGCUGGCCUCCAACGGAACCUCUGCAUUCAACGUGUCGGCCGUGCCGAAGGAGAACCGGCUGCAGGGAAAGUUUGGGAACGUGAUGACAUUGUGUGCAAUGUUACCCAUGCUGAUCUUCAGCUGCCUCAACUCCCUCCUCCUGCCACGGAUCCCACAGGCACUCCGCAUCAGUGGAAGUCUUAUUGCAAUCUUCAUCCUCUUCCUCCUCACCGCCAUCCUGGUGAAGAUCUCCAUCGAGCCGCUGACUUUCUUCAUAGUCACCAUGGUGACCAUCGUCCUCAUUAACUGUUUCGGAGCCAUUCUCCAGGGCAGUCUCUUCGGCCUGGCCGGCCUCCUGCCCGCUGCCUACACCGCGCCCAUCAUGAGUGGGCAGGGGCUGGCUGGGACCUUUGCCGCUCUCGCCAUGAUCUGUGCCAUCGCAAGUGGAUCUGAGCAGUCGGCGAUCGCCUUCGGCUACUUCAACACGGCCUGUGUGGUGGUGCUUCUGGCGGUGGUGUCCUACCACAUCCUGCCCCGCCUGGCAUUUUCCCGGUACCACUUCAAGCGGAAGAAUGAGGAGUGGAAGAAGGCCCAGCAGGAGGAGGGCUUCAGCAAAAUGGACUUGAUCAAACAAGAUCCAACCGGCAGCAGUGAGAGGAGGCCAUCAGCACACCUAAUGGAGACCCACAGUGCGGAGACUGACGAGGGGCUGUCACUUAUUAGCAUCCUGAGGAAGAUCUGGCCCAAGGCAGUGCUGGUGUGGCUGGUGUUCUCCGUCACCAUUGGAGUUUUCCCGUCUGUCACUGUGGAUGCCGUGUCCACCAUCUCCGGAGACGGGCUGUGGGGAGUUUACUUCAUCCCCAUCUCCUGCUUCCUAAUGUUCAACGUCUUCGACUGGAUGGGUCGCAGUCUGACGGCGCUCUGCAUGUGGCCCAGGAAGGACAGCAAGUGGCUGGUGGCCUUCGUCAUCACUCGGCUCCUCUUCAUCCCCCUCUUCAUGCUCUGUAACGUGCAGCCCCGGCAGCUGCCUGUCGUCUUCGCACACGACGCCUGGUACAUCUGCUUCAUGGCCUGCUUCGCCUUCAGUAACGGCUACCUGGCCAGUCUCUGCAUGUGCUACGGACCCCAGAAUGUGUCAGCGAAGGAGGCGGAGACAGCUGGAGCCAUCAUGUCAUUCUUCCUGUCACUGGGGCUGGCGUCGGGAGCCUGCCUGUCCUUCCUGAUCCGUGCACUGGUCUGAUCCCAUCCUGGCCUUCAUGAGGAACCAGGUGUGGCUGCAGAGGGAGUCCUCCUCCCUCCACCUCCCUCUGCUCAGCCCCUCCUCUCUACCUCACCCUGCCUCCACCUCCCUCUGCUCAGCCCCUCCUCUCUACCUCCCCCUGCCUCCACCUCCCUCUGCUCAGCCCCUCCUCUCUACCUCCCCCUGCCUCCACCUCCCUCUGCUCAGCCCCUCCUCUCUACCUCACCCUGCCUCCACCUCCCUCUGCUCAGCCCCUCCUCUCUACCUCCCCCU